UUGGUAACGGCGAACGCCCUCUGUAUAUUACCCUGCAGGUCGUCUUCACCAGCCCUGACAAAUUCCGCCGUCACUGCCAUGUCUUCUAGUCGCAACUCGAGUGGCGGCGGCAAGAUGCAGAAACGUGGGAAGCAGCAGACCCGCUCUUCACGAGCUGGCGUGACAUUCCCAGUUGGCCGCAUCCACCGCCUCCUGAAGAAAGGCAACUACGCUGAGCGCGUCAGCGCCGGUGCGCCAGUUUACUUGGCGGGCGUGCUCGAGUAUCUCACCGCCGAGGUCCUCGAACUGGCCGGGAACGCAGCGCGGGACAACCAGAAAUCGAGGAUCACGCCGCGUCACCUGCAGCUGGCCAUCCGAAAUGACGAAGAACUAAACAAACUGCUCGCUGACGUGACUAUCUCGCAAGGUGGCGUAAUCCCGCAAAUUCGUCCAGAACUACUCCCCAAAGCGAGUAGCAGCAAGACAAAGAAGCCGGGCGAUCCCGGAAAAGGCAGUCAGGACCUCUAAGUAGUCUUCAUCCUGCUGUCAUUUUCUAUCAGAACUUCGUUUUUAAUCUGACUCUCCAUCAUACAUUUGGUGCUUUGAAUGAAAAAAAAAGACUGCUCAUCGCGAAUAAAAUUUUUAUGUGAA